GAAGGAAGGAAGGAAGGAAGGAAGGAAGGAAGGCACUUGUUACUGCUGAUGUAUGCAAAAACAAGCAAAUUGUCCCCUUGGUGACAUCAGUAUGAAAUGCUAAAGCUUUACCUUAGGAGACCCAAAAUUACAUUCUGAAAUGAUUCUCUAGCUGAAUUAUUAAAAAUGAUGGCUGCUUAUCUGCUUAAAUAGGCUAUUUAGCAUUUGUUCUGGGUGAACUUUUUUCUCAUUUUUUCAUUCAUUCAACAAACAUACUGAGAACAUGUUAUUUUGAAGGCACUCUCCAAACUGACUAAUGUCAAAAGGAAUUGAGGGAAUCUAGGAUAAUAUAUGUUCUGUGGCCUAUUUAUUUCCAGACUGUUUGUUGUGUUACUUUGAGAUUAGGCUUCAUGCCAGGAGCCCAUGAAUACAUUGAUGUAGAAGCCAAAAAGAGCAUCUUUAUCCAGGAUCCCACAUACUCAUCAAUGUGAUCCUAAUUGGGAUGUUUUGCUAGUGUAAUGCAAAUAUGAUGAGGGUAUCCAAUCCUUUAAAUUAGUAAAGUUAUUUAAAGAAUAUUUUUUCAAUAUUUUUUGCUGUUUUCAUUUCUUUUUUUAAAAAAUUUAAGCCAGCAAUAGUACAAAAUAUUAAAGUUAUGAGCAACAUAAAUCAAUUUUCUUGGCAAAUAUUUCCUUGAAAAUUAUUUCCAUUUCUUCUAUCAUACUUCCAUAUGCUAUUUAUUACCUGUGUGACUGUGAUGAGUCAUAUAACCAGGCAGGUUAUGUGAGAAUUGAACUAGAUAAGUUCUGAGGUCCUUUUUAUUGCUAUGAUCUUGUUAUCCAUAUUUAUCAAUAUAAGUAUUCCUUUCACCAUUGGAUCACAAUUCCACCAUCAAUAAGUAAAGCAACAAGCUUUAAUCCUGGUACAAUUAAAUACUUACUAUAUAGUAGAAAGGAAGUAUAAUGUUGUGAAUGGAAAGGUUGUCUUGGAAUCAGGAAGACCUAUAUUGAAAUCUUCCAUUUCCACACACAAACAUGAGUUGUGAGAUCUUGGGCAAGUCACUUAACCUCAGGUAACUUUCUAAAACUAAAUAAUUUGUUGAACCAUUGUUGAUCUGCAUUUGAGGAAGCUCUCUAUGAUGAUAAAAUCAAAGGUUUAAACUAAAAAAAAAGGUGUUAAGUUCUAGAAAUAAAAAUUCAAAAUUAAAUUCCCACCCCCAAGGAGCUCACAUUCUAUUACAGUGAUACAAUUUCACUAACAAAUUCAAUGUAAUUGGGGUCUGGCAAGUAUGAAGGCUUGCUAUGAUGGCAUCUACCAAAGGACACCUGAGAGUUGCUUCCUGAAAAAUAAUUAUGAAAUGUAUAAGAAUAGAUUGAAGCAUUCAUGGGAAUUCUAUAACUGGUUCAAGUGAACUGUUUUUAACCUAAUCCCCUCCUGCUCCUAACCCCAGAUGGCAUAAGAGAGAUUUUACCCUUGGUUUUGAAGGAAAUGUUCAUUGUUUCUUCCAUAUUUGUGAAGUAAAUAUCCUUUUGUAAAAAUUAAUUAUUGUUAAAUGGUUAAAAGGAGCUGAGGGUACUAAUAAUGGAUCCUAAAAGUGGGGGGACAUAAUCAAUAGGGGUUCAAGAUAAUGGCCCUGAAGAAGAUAAAUGUCCUAAUCCCCUCAAAGUACCCUGAGAGCCCUGAAAGGAAUGGGGGGGGGGGAAUAAUAAGAUUCACUUACCCUAAAAGAGUGGAGUGGGAAACUACUUGUCACAAGAAGAUAUAAAAAAAAAUACAAAGUGAUUAGGGGGAGAGGAUACUAACAACUCUGUCCUGGUGUUAAAGAUUGUCUUUAUGAGUAUCUAUAGCAAAAAAAAAAAUCAUAGCUCAAUAUAUAGAAUUUUAGUGAUGAUUCUCUCUGAACUUAGACCAGUCCACAGACAACUGACACAGUCAGUUAACUGAUAUUUACUUAUAACUUUUCUCAUUUUUUAGGGCCUGCCAAAGCUUGUAUCCUUGUGUAGAGAGAACCUUUGGGAACCUAAGUUCACCUCCAUCGUAUAAUGCAACACUAAAUUUGGAUGGACCCUCAUAGAUCUAUCAGAAAUCUGCAUUUAACUUUUCCCAUUGUAGACCCACCAAAGGAUAAUUGAUAAAGGGAGAUGCCAUUUAUAUAGCAAUUUAAGAUUCAUCAGGCAAUUUACAUACAUUAUUUUACUUGGUCCUCCCACAACUUUAUGAGGAAAUGUUCAAUACCAAUGAAGGUCCAUUCAAGCACUAAAACUCAUAAUCUUGUAGAGUUGUCCGGGGGACCAUGAAGCUAAGGGACUUGUCCAAACAACUAUAGCAUCUUAUGUUAGAGGCCUACACACAACUCUCUGACAAGAGAAAUUUCCCAAGAUGAAAAAGUUUACACUCUUUGAUUUUGCAAAUGACAGCUCCCUCCGUGUAGGAGAGACUUCAUGGAUACAGGAUCUUCCCAGUGAUGACAAUGAAGUCGCAAGUCUCCCAAAGGCAAAUGAGAAUGUAUUAGUAAAUUGGCCAAUGGAGGAGAAAAAGACAGAGAAACAGUUAGCAAAAAUAGUUUCCAUGAGUGAUGAUCCUCAAGAGCUGAUUGAGAUUAUUCAGAAGAUUUUAGAAGCAGAUGAAAAGAAGAUUUUAGAAGCAGCUGAAACACAAAGGCUUCAAAAAGGAAAAAGGAAACAAACUGAAACACUAAUAUCAAAGAAUGAAGAAAGGGAAAUUGAUCAAGAACAGGAACAGAUAACCAAGAGUACAAAAAGAAAAAAAUCCCUACAGGCUUCUCCUGCUAAUGAACUGAAUCACCUGGAAACACCUUUGCUGGACAAACUGCGAGAACCUUCUUCUGGAACUGCCCUUCUGCCCACUGAAAGCAGCAGUGAUGAUGAAGAGUCUUUAAUCCAGUUAUCAAAAGUGGAAUUGUGUGCCAAAAUAAAAAAUCUGAAACAGAAACUCUCUGACACCAUGACAGAAAACUGCCGCCUUCGGCAGUCACUGGUCACACUUCAAGUGUUACCCCAGGCAGUUACCCAGUUUGAAGAGUUGGUGGGCAUGGCUGAAGCACUGCUUAAAAGAGGAGGAGCCCCCUCUGCAUCCAGUCUUCAUUCCCAAGGUAUCUGGAAGGCUUCAGGAAAUUCUGACCCCGAUUCCAGUUUUACAGUGGGUAGUGAAUCCAAUUCACCCUUCUCCUUGAAGAUGGAAGAGGAAGAACAUUCUACUGACAAAGAGUUCAAGAUUGAAAAGUGGCAGAUUGCCCUUUGCAACAAGAGUAAACCUCAGAAGUUUAUAAAUGAUAUAAUGCAAGCACUUUAUACCAAUGAAUAUAUGGCAACACAUAGCUUAACAGGGGCCAAAUCCUCUUCUUCUAAGGAAAAAGCAGCAAAACCAGCUAUGAAUCAAAAUGAAGUCCAGGAAAUAAUAGGGGUCACAAAACAGUUAUUUCCCAACACAGAUGAUGCUUUAAUUAGGAGGAUGAUGGGUCAAAAGUUAAAUAACUCUACUAAGAAGCCAAUUUUAAGCCAAGAUCUUAAUCCCCAUGUUUUUAGGAAGCAUGCCUUUUGAAAAAUUGGUGAUACUGAAAAAUCUGCAACUAUAUAUAAAAUAUUUGUGUGGAAAUAUAUGUGAAGUGACCGAAUAUGAAAUAGCUACAGCAUGACUUGGGCUUUCCUGAUGAAGAAACACAAGUAACAAAAAUAACUCAAUGUGGUAAUGUAGAUCAUCAAGACAGAGAAUUUGAAGAAAUGUAAAUGCUGUUCAAAUCAGAAUAAGUAUAGAUUAUUCUAGAAUAUGUGUGUGUGUGUUUAAUUCAUUUGCUAGUAUAGUAACUGUGAGCACAGUUAUUACUGAUGAUGUAAGUGUGGAAAUCUGCUUUUUUUACUCCUAUAACUAACAUUUCUAGCUACCUUAUUAUACAGAUGCACUGAACAUAAAAUAAGCUUGUUUGCAGUAAAGAGACAAUCAGGAGCCUGCAGUGAGCCAGAAGUCUUGUUCACUACCCAGACAUCUUUGCUAAAGUUUUGUUCAUUUCUCCCCUCUUCUACAGUGUUUGCUGGCUGACCUUGCUAAGCUGUCCAUUACAAACUCUUUCUGAAGCAGCCUAAACUGGUUUAAGCUAACCUUGAAGUUAGUAAUUGCUACCAAACAUUCUGAAACAUCCUGCUUCUGUGUUCCACCUGUCCCUGGAAGAAUCUGCCCAAUUCUCCACUCCCAGUUCUUCCCAAAACCACUCCUUGUGGUUUACAAGAUAAAUUAUCUCAAUAUCUCUCUCUGGCUGUGGGGUCUCCAUUUUGGAUGUCCUCUGGCAUCCAGAUCCCCACUUUCCCUUUAAAUAAAUAAUCUUUUCAACUUAACCAGAAUUCCUCAAUAUUUGAGGGAUGAGUUUUUCAUGAUUGACAUAAGAAAAACCUAUAAAAACCUUCAAUAAUGAGGUUUCCUUAAGUAAAAAAUCAGGCUGCUGAUUUAAAAUAUUUGAAGAAUUAUUGUCAUAACAAAACUAAGUAUUUUGAUAUUUAUUCAUGUUAAAGUCUCCUUACUUAGUUUCUACUCUGGAAUUUAGGUUUGUACUCUCACUAGGUAAAGAAAGUCAGUAUUUUCAAUAGUCAGUAUGGCUAUGUUCAAUGCAGUAUUAGUUUACUAACGAUAAUAUUAGAAAAGGUAUCUAUUAUAAAAUUCAGAUAUGUGUUACUGGGAAAUGUUGUUUUGGACAUUUUGAUUAUAAAAUUAUUCAUAGCUAUUUAAAAUAGAUUCCUAAAAAUUGGAAAAAUAAGAACAGUAGAAUUAUUACAUUUUUGUUUUCAAAUAUUUUGUGUUCCUGUUAUCUUAAUAAUGAAGUUAAUAUUUUUUUGGUAAUGUUAGUAAUAAAGCAUCAACUUUCAACAUAAGCUUUAAAAACUUUUACCCUGAUUUUUCACUUUCUAAAUUUUAAAUAGGUCCAAAAAAUACAAAUCUAAUGUAUACCAACAUGAUCAGUUCCAUAGUUACUGUAUUUAUACUUGGAUGGAUCUAGGAGCUCAUUGAUAUAGGUAUUCCUUCCACUGGUGCAGAUUUCAACCAUCCAAGGUCAAUUCCUCUUCUCUGAUUCUUGUCUACAUCCUUCCAUGAAUUUAACAUAGAGGCUGAAGACCUUCAGAUGUGCUAAAGAUCUUUCACUGUGUCUAAUAUUUCAUGAAUACCAGCAUAAUACUUGAAUUUUCCAUCUGUUAUAUCCUUCAUUCUUGCUAUAUAAUUAUAUGCAAUAUUAAUUAAUCUUAACUAAACCAGAGAAAAAGAUUUAAUCUUGUUUUUAAAAAAGAGUUAGAAUAAAAAGAAUUUAUUUGGGGAUCUCAUAUGAGGAUGAAUGCCAUUUUGAAAACUGAUUAUAAUAAAGUUUAUAGAAAAAUGAUACAUUUUUUCAAUAGAAGCUUAAUCACUUUAUGUCAUUCUAUGCUUUUCACACCUAAAUAUGUUAAUUCCCAAACUCUUUUCAUGUGCAAGAUUACUGUUUUAAGCUUACAGUAUAGGAGUUAUAUAGGUGUGAGUCUAAUGCCAUGUAUGCAAUAGACAUUUAAUAAAUAUUGCUUGAGGAUGACAGUGUGAUUAUAUAAUAAAUAUUUUCACAUUUCUAUGCCAAUAAAAAAACUACUGUUUAGUGGGAAUGAAUUAUGCAAGCUUUUGGCGGGGGUGUGCUUUUACAUUUUAAAAACUCUACAAUAAAGAUAAAAUAUUUUUCUUAAUAUACAGGAAAGGCUUUUUAGAUUUCUCUAUCACUCAUUUUAGUAUGCAUUAAUAGGAUUUUUGUCUUAUGUAGAGCAAAAACUACAUAGGACUUAAAACUAUCAAGAAAGGUAAAUAAAUCUAAGUGAUUUUUUUAAAAACACUGGGUCAAGUAUAAUUAUUGUGUUUUUAAAGUGUAUUUAUUUUAUCUCUGCUUUUAGCACUUUAAAAGCUCUAGUAUCUAUGUCAAUUUCAAUGAAACCAUAGUGCCUGUCAAAAAGUAUACCUCUAAUGGCAUUUCCUUAAAGAAAGUAUUUCUGUCUAUAUUAUAGUGAAACUCAUCUUGUUUGCUUUUUAAAACAGCUAUUAACAUCAGAUAUAUAAUUGUACCACAAAUUAAAUAAAUUGCUUUUUUAAAAAGUU